AUGGUUAAGGCGGGUGUUGAGCUUGCGUUCGAAACGAUGACAUCGGCUGGCAUUAUUGCUGAUUCGGCUUACUACGAGUCUUUGCACGAAACACCCCUGAUCGCUAACACCAUCGCGCGUAAGAAAUUGUAUGAAAUGAAUGCCACUAUUUCUGAUACGGCUGAAUAUGGCUGUUACCUCUAUAACCACGCUUGCUUACCGCUGCUGCAAGAUUUCAUGAAAAAAAUCAAGAGUGAUGUCAUCGGUAAAGGUUUGCAAUUGACUGACACAGGCGUUGAUAACGAGUCCUCCGCAAUGUCGCCAGGAUCGGAUCCUGAAAAGAACGUGACGAGGUCGCGCAUACUGGAUAGUAGCAUUGUUACUGCUCUACAGCCGGCGAACAGCGUUGGCUUACAGGUGGAUCGCACUAGGGCAUAUGUCGAAUUAGCAUCGGGCAG